CGCAAGUAGGGCGCUGGGUGAAGAAUGCGUUGAUUUGUGUCGCGUUCUUUUGAUUUGCAGCCAGCGUUUAAGCUCUCCGGCCUGGUAAGUGUGGCGCCGAUCGUUAAUCUUCCUUUGAAUGGUUCAUCGCAAAUAUUUCGAGCGGGAUUUUGCAUCAGGGACCGAAAUUACGAGGUUUUUCGUUCUUUCUUCCGUGCGAACUGAAUGAUGCGCGCUCGAAAGGCGUAAAACUCAUUUGUUUUCUUGCUCGAUGCAAAUGAGCGAGGAGCGGCUAUGGCGGAAGUUCUUUGAAGAUCCUUCACUCUGGUGGGACAACAGAAGGAACAAGAGGAGCCCGAGCUAUCCAGAUUUCAAGCAUGCAUCCACUGGAGAAUGCCUGUGGAUUCACUCACGGCUCUGUCCAUCCUGGGUGUCUACCAAGCUCCAGCGGCUCGACGAACGUCCCACUUUUCGAUCCACUUCCGAUACAACAAAAUCAAGAACAGCAAGAACGGGAGAGAAGGAAAGGGUAGAGCCGCUACGAAUCUACAACAGGUUUCGAGAGCUGGGAAUAAAGCCCAGAGUCUCCGUGGUUUUGGGUGCUCUCAAGGCCUGUAGUAGCUCCAGGGAUUUAGAGACAGGGAGGAAAAUCCACGCCACUGUGCUGGAAAAUGGUGACUGCCACAACAUCUUCGUUGCUAGCUCGCUGGUGGACAUGUACGCCAAGUGUGGAAGCCUGGUGGAUGCUCGACGUGUUUUUGACAGCAUGAAGCAGCGAAACGUGGUGCCUUGGAACUGUUUGAUCCUCGGCUAUGCGGAGAGUGGAGAGGGAAAAACAGCGCUAGAGAUUUACUCCCGGAUGCUUGACGAGCAACGGACAGGCGGCUGUUCUCCAAACUAUGUCACCUUUCUCGCUGCGGUGAAGGCUUGUUCCAGCUUGGCAGCUGCGAGAGAAGGCGGAAAGAACCAAAAGGUGGCAGAUUGCUUGGACAAGGGCCGUGCUGUUCACUAUAGAGCGGUCGAGGGUGAUGGAGAGCUCCAUUUGUUUCUCGCCAACGCUCUUGUGGACAUGUAUUCCAAGUGUGGGAGCAUGGUCGAAGCACGCCAAGUUUUUGACGGCAUGAAACAUCGCAGCAUUGUCUCGUGGAAUACGAUCAUCCUGGGAUAUGCCGAGAGUGGCGAGGGGCAGAUUGCUUUGGACCUCUUCCAGCAAAUGCUACACGAAGAGGGACGAGGCUGCGGUACAAACUACGUGACUUAUCUCGCGGUGCUCAAGGCCUGCAUUGCUUUGGCAGGCAAGGAACAAGGUGUGCUUGUCCAGGGGAAGCUCGUCAAGCUCGAAUGCUUGAACAAAGCGCGAGCUUUUCACUCACAGGCUUCCAGGGGCCGUCAUCUCUCACACGAGUUUGUGGCGAGUGCUCUGCUGGACUUAUAUGCCAAGUGCGGUAGCAUGGAAGACGCCAGCAAAGUGUUCGGAAGCAUUCCUCGCAGCGUUGUCACCUGGACGUCGAUGAUUGCGGGUUAUGCCGAGACUGGCGACAGUGAGCAGGCAUUCAAGCUCUUCCAGCAAAUGCAAGACGAAGGUUUCACGCCAGAUGCUGUGACUUUCGUCGCUACACUCAAGGCCUGUAUCAAGCUCGCCGAGAAAGAAGACCUCGCCGGGAAGACAGAGUGUCUAGAACGCGGCAGAAAACUCCACAUGCAAAUUUCUCAGCACUGGAGUGACAACGAUCUGCCAGUGUUUGUCGCCAACGCGCUGGUGGAUAUGUACUCCAAAUGUGGCAGCUUGGCUGAAGCACUGAAAAGCUUCGAGAGAAUUCGGCAUAAGAGCGUGGUGUCCUGGACCGCGAUUAUCCUAGGAAAUGCUGAAAGUGGCAAUCCAGAGCUAGCUCUCGAGCUUUACAGUCGAAUGGAGAACGAAGGCCGUGUUGAAGCGGAUGGAGUGACCAUUGUGGCUGCUCUCAAGGCCUGUGCUCUUCUAGCCGCGAGAGAAGUCGAUGGAAAAGAUCUGAAAGUGGAGUGCCUGAGGAAAGGCCGGGCGAUUCACAGUCGAGCAGCGAGAGAUGGUCACGACCGUUGCAGCUACGUCGCCAAUAGCCUGAUCGAUAUGUAUGCGAACUGUGGGAGCAUGGUGGACGCUCACAAGGGUUUUAGCAGCAUGGACGAGGACGCUCGCUGUGUGGUUUCGUGGAACUGCCUCAUCCUGGGAUACGUCGAGAAUGGCGCACCCCAGCUCGCUCUAGAACUCUACUCACAGAUGAAACAACGAGGCGUUCAACCAGUGGCCAUCACUUUUGUCGCUGCGCUUAAAGCUUGUGGAGGUUUGGGAUCUCUAGAAGCUGGGAUUGAGCUCGAGAAGGAGAUCAGAGAGGCUGGACUCAAGGACCAGAUAGUGAUCGUCAACUCCUUGGUGGAUCUUUACGGGAAGUGUGGCAGCAUGGUCGAUGCUCAACGAGUUUUCGAAGAGGCUAGAGGAAGACGAGACUUGGUAACUUGGAACACUCUCAUCGAUGGAUAUAGUCGUCAAGGGGACUGCGAGACGGUGCUCACUUUGUUCGAGGGACUCCAAAGAGAAAGACUAAGGCCAGACGAGCUUACUUUCCUAUCGGUUCUCACAGCGUGUAGCCAUGCUGGCUCGAUCGACAAAGGCAUGGAGUACUUCCAGGCGAUGGCUUCUCCAAAGUACGGCGUGGUUCCAGGAAUCAAGCACUACACUUGCGUCAUCGAUCUCUUGAGCCGGGCGAACCGACUGAGCGAUGCAGUGGCGAUGGUAAAAAGCAUGCCUCUGGAGCCAAACGCUAUCAUCUGGAUGACUUUGCUGGGGGCUGCUCGAGAGUGGAACAACGUAGAAGCUGGAAGGCUGGCUUUCGAGGCUGUGAUGAAGCUGGAGAAGAAUGGAGCAGCGUGUGCUCUUAUGGCGAGUAUCUAUGCUGGUGCUGGGAUGCUGGAGGAAAGGUGGAAAAUGGAGGAAGAAAUGGGAGCUCUCCGGCGACUUAAGGCACCUUAAGGGGGAUUACAUCAACUUUAAGUUGAUGGCUAGGGCUCUUGCUUGCUGCUGCGUGACGCGCGAAGCUCUGGCAGCUAGCACUCAAAGCCACCAACAAACAACACAGGACAGAGUUCCAAAGGUAUCAAUUUUUUUCAUUCUUCGGGACUAA